UCAGUGGCAGACUGUCAUAUACACACAGGCACUGUUGUGUGGUUGAAUCUUUUUCACAGAGGUUGCUCUCAGUCAAAUCUCCAUCAACCGACAAAUUCAAACCAAGAUGGGAAAUGUGCACUGGCGUGCUGAGGACGCAGCCCAUGUGGCCUCUGUUGCUCGAGACAUCUGUCCUUUCCCAAACUAUAACCCCAGUACUCUUUUCGCUGACAUGCUGUUGGUCAACUCGUCCCUUCACCUGAGGAACCACUACACAGCAGUGCAGUCCUCCCUUACACCAAUGCAGCUGGAGGAUUUCACCCAGGACCUGAGGACCACUUUUGGCAGGGAGGGCAAGGUCACUCUCGGCGGCGUGGGGGUAGUGGCCCUGUCUCUGGCUGUGCUGUUUGACACUCUUGCUAAAAAGGUCAGGGGAGAGUGGGUGCCAGAAUUGGGGCCUAUUCCAGGUUUAUUUGUCAAAAACCCAAGAGGAUACUACCCACCACAUGUCUAUACGGCCAGCGAGUACCUGAGACUGGUACCCUACAUUGCAAACAACCCCACCAGGAUGAUAGAGCAGACAGAGUGGUACCUCAAGCAGCUGGUAACUGAAGACAAAUCUUUGGACAAAUUGGGAGAAAACCACAAGUUACUGCUGAAUGAAGACAUCACAGCACUCAAUGUGUUUCUGGGACGUGCUUUUGCAGUCAGUUUGAAGUUUCACCUGCUCCGCAUCAAAAACAUUACGGACAAUGAGUAUUUACUCAGCGAGAGAACUCCACCAGCUGAUAUGGUGUUUCAUUUAAACUGUGACCCAGAGGCUGCUGACAAAGAAUUUUUGGCUGAAGUACAAAAAUCUGACAAUCAUACCCAAGAAGCUUUUAAAAGAUGCAAGCCAAAAGGUGAUAUACCAACUACAUGGCUACAGCAUUUUGCCCAUCUAGUAUGGCUUGAUGCCCUGUAUAUGCCCAUGUAUGAAAUUGAUAAACAUGACGACUUAUUAAUUGCACAAAGAGGAGAUUUUGAUCUGAAGGCCCACGCAUUCAGAAAAUGGGUUGAGUAGUUCACUGCCCAAUUUUCCACAUACAGCUGAAAAGAAAUGGGGCAGUGUCAGUUGGGAAACUUUUUUUUUUUUUUAUUGACACAUUCACAGACUACUUGAACAGAAAAGGGAAUAAUUUAAAAUAUUGUACAAGGAGUACAUUUUCCCAAAAUCCACCACAAUUGGGACAGCGGAUGCAGUUAGUUAGGACACCUUGUUCUGGGCUUUAAAAAAAAUAAAAAUAAUUAUAAUUUCAAUGGGAAAAAUGCAGUCUAAAUUUGAACAAUUGUUACUAACAAAGUCAUUUGUUAACACAUUUUCUUAAGAAAAAGAAACAAUUUCUAAAAUUGUAACAUGUAUCAAUAAAUACUGGGAUAUGAAAA